UGCAGCAGACUGCGCUCCCGGGCGCCCCUGGUGGCCGAGUGGGGACUCUGCAGGCUCUCUGCGGACCGCGCUCAGCUGACCAGCCGCCUGUCUGACGGCGGUGAGCGGCCAGCUACACCCAAACACAGUGCGGCAAAAACAACCGUCUGGCGCUCAGCAGCGCGGCUAAUGAGCGGCUGCAAGGGAAGGAGAGCCAUGAGUCACGACUGAGCUCUAACAGCAUGUCGUUCAAGAAGGACACCCCCCUGGUCAAUGCUGUGUUCUGGGCGGCAAAGAGAGGAAACCUGCCUCUGCUUCAGCUGCUGCUCAACAGCGGCCGAGUGGAUGCAGACUGCAGAGACAGCGUCGGGACAACUGCACUGAUGGUGGCGUCUCAUGGCGGUCAUUAUGACUGUGUCAAAGAGCUUAUCAUGCAGGGAGCAGACAUCAACUAUCAGAGAGAGACAGGUUCUUCUGCGUUGUUCUUCUCCUCCCAGCACGGAUAUCACGAUGUGGUAAAGCUCCUGUUUGAAUUCGGUGCCUCCACUGAAUUCCAGACAAAGGACGGCGGCACCGCGCUCACGGUCGCCUGUCAGUACGGACACUCUAAAGUCGUGGACCUGCUGUUGAGGAAUGGAGCCAAUGUGCACGACCAGCUGAACGAUGGAGCCACGCCUCUUUUCCUUGCUGCUCAGGGCGGUCAUGUGACUGUGAUUCGUCAUCUCCUAUCAUGUGGUGCCAAGGUUAACCAGCCUCGAGAGGACGGCACCACGCCUCUGUGGAUCGCCGCUCAGAUGGGCCACAGCCAGGUGGUCAAGGUGCUGCUGUCACGUGGAGCGGAUCGGGAUGCCGUCAGACAGGAUGGAUCCACAGCUUUAUUCAAAGCAGCUAUGAAAGGACACAACGACGUGAUCGAGGAGCUCCUGAAGUUUUCUCCAUCUCUGGACAUUCUCCAGAAUGGCUCCACUGCCCUCCAUGCUGCUGUGAUGGCUGGAAAUGUUCAAACAGUUCGGCUGCUGCUGGGGGCCGGAGCAGACCCAACCCUACCGGACCAGAAGAACCAACUACCUGCAGACCUGACGAAGAGCCAUCGCAUUCUGAUGCUUUUAAGUCAGAAGACUAGACAUGAAGGAGGCUCAUGACUUCCUGGUGUCCAGGCAGCAGAAGACCUGCAGAGGAAAUGCAGCCGCGUCAAAUCGUCCUGGAAGCUGCACAGCACAUGCGUGCAGAUGUAAACAUAUAAACGUCUGUGAUGCAGAACAUGCCGUUUGUUUGGUCCGUUUCUUCUUAGAAUAGAAAUAUAACACGUGAUUGAUUUGCCUUUUGAAUAAAAACAUGUCCUACA